AUGAAGUUUUCUUCCCUCGUUACUGUCUUACUUACCUUCAUCUACACCGUAAGCGCAUCGGAUCAGUUUAAACUGUUAGCAUACCGGAAUUGUGAUCCCCUCCGCUAUGGUACGGUCUAUUCAAAAAAUAAAAUUCUCUACUUUGGUCCGGAUGAACCACCAUUAGUUGGAAAUUUAACCGCUUGUGGGUACUUACAAUUCGCGGAUGGCGAUUAUGCCGUUGUGACUCGCGAUGGGUAUCUUCAAAGAGGUCCCAUUAAAGACGCGGCAAAUGGAUUUUCUCUACAGAAUGGUAAUUUGUACUAUAGAGGCGUAAAUGGAUUUGAGGCCAUUGAAUGGAAUGGGAAAUAUUUGAUCACGACCUUAACUCAUCAAGGAGGAUUACAGUUUUAUGUUAAGGCUCAAAAAGUUCACAGCAAGGACAAUGCACACGAUUUUCAACCAACUGGCGCAUGUACGCUAAAUGUGCCAUCUGCUACACUUUACAGCGAGUAA